GGUGAUGUGUCCAGCGCCUUGACUGAGUGGAAGACGCGAGUGAUUUUAAUGUGAUUCUAAAUAGCGCUUAUUUAGGGUAAUUAACUCGCCCUGGGAGCAUUAUCAGCAUUGGUAUCGGCACCAACACCGAGGUUGAGUGAUGACAGCAUGGGGGCCUCAGAGCAGAGCAAUCAGACGCCGGAUCCCACCCCAGGGCAGGAAGCAUGUUAUAUCGCCAGCUUGGACCUCGGCACCACCACUCUCAGGUGCUUCGUGUACGAUAAGGCCAUGCGGGUGUGCGGCAGAGCGGAGGAGAAGGUGACCCUCCUGUAUCCCAGUCCUGAACGUGUUGAGAUGGACCCCAAUGAGCUGUGGGAGAAGUUUGUGAAGGUCAUAAAUGCUGCGAUAUCAUCGGCAGGCCUCAACGCAGGCAACAUUCGCUGCCUUGGCUUGAGCACGCAACGGGCCACCUUCAUCACUUGGGACCGCAGAACAGGUGAAACAUUGCAUAACUUCAUCACCUGGAAAGACAUUCGUGCCGAUGCCUUAGUCACGCAGUGGAAUGCCUCGUGGAAGAUGAAGAUCAUAAGAUUCAUCAGCUCCCUCCUUUACAAAAUACUACGGAAGAAGAGGUACAUGGCUGCCAGUGUUCUGAGAUUUAUGAAUAUUCAGGUAAUUUACUUGUUUUUAAAUGGUUUUGGAAAAACGACGAGCGUGGGAAGGGGCUUUGUGCAAGAAGGCAACGUAAUGUUCGGUACCAUUGACUGCUGGCUGAUCUACAAGCUGAGUGAGGGCAAGAUACAUGCAACAGACUACUCCAAUGCUAGUGGGACAGCCUUGUAUGAUCCCUUUAUAGAAGACUGGAAUUCCUUCUUCCUAAAGUUAUUGGAUAUCCCAAGGAACAUUUUCCCAGAGCUUCGAAACUCUGUGGGAGACUGGGGUAUUUGCCCUGCCAAGUUGUUUGGGGCGCCUAUACCCAUUACCGUUGUGGUGUCAGAUCAAGGUGCAUCACUGUGUGGAUCCUGUGGUUUUAACCGUGGAGAUGUGAAAAUCACUCUAGGGACAGGUGCCUUCCUAAAUGUCAAUACAGGCAAUGAUGCCCAUGCAUCUGUGAAAGGUUUGUUGUUAUUGAAUUUUUCCCUUUUUUUUCCUUCUUAUUUUAAAUCAUUCCUUUGAUGAACAGGUAUGGGG